GACCAAGUCCAAGAUGGAUAGUACUACUUUAAAACAAGGUUUGCCAACCCACUCCUCUAUUUGCCAAAAGAGAAAAACAACAAGGCAUAGCAGAAGCAAAUGGCAAAGUCCUCUUCCAUUAUUCUCUUCUUCACCUUCUGCUUGUUCUUCACAGCCGUGAUCAUCGAUGCAAGCAAUGGCAGCGAUCACGGGUUGAGCUUUGUUCCGGCCAAGGCCCGCUGCCAGGGUUCCAUUGCAGAGUGCAUGGCUGAAGAUGAGUUUGAGAUGGACUCUGAGAUCAACAGGCGUAUCUUGGCCACCACAAAGUACAUCAGCUAUGGAGCUCUGCAGAGGAACACUGUGCCAUGCUCUCAGAGGGGUGCUUCCUACUACAACUGCAAGCCCGGCGCACAGGCAAACCCCUACAACCGUGGCUGCAGUGCCAUCACUCGCUGCCGUAGUUGAUGAAGCUAGUUUAGAAUGUUACACAGAUGUCCAUGACUUGGAUCAUUGUGUGUGAAUUCUCAGUUCUGGUGUUCCUAGUGUUUUUAUGUUCUAUCUAUAUCUCAAAUACAGUUUCAUACCUCACAUAAAUGAAAGGGAAUGAAAAUAUGCAGGUUUGCCUUUGAAGUGUUCAAAAUAAGGGGAUGAUCCUUAAUUUGCCAGUGAAUUUUUUUGUUCAUGAA